CCCUCGACUCGUCUCUCCAGUCCAGCCUAGCCGUCACCUUCUUCCUCCUUGCCUCCCCGCCCUCAGCGGCAGCAGGAGUGAGCCCUGUUUCCCCCUUCGAGAGGCUAGGCAAGGAUGGUGAGGGUCAGCGUCUUGAACGAUGCUCUCAAGAGCAUGUAUAACGCUGAGAAACGUGGGAAGAGGCAAGUGAUGAUUAGGCCCUCUUCAAAGGUGAUCAUAAAGUUCCUUUUGGUGAUGCAGAAGCAUGGGUACAUUGGUGAGUUUGAGUAUGUUGAUGACCACCGUGCUGGCAAGAUUGUGGUUGAGUUGAAUGGCAGGCUGAACAAGUGUGGAGUAAUCAGCCCUCGCUUUGAUGUUGGUGUCAAGGAAAUUGAAGGGUGGACCGCUAGGCUGCUUCCAUCUCGUCAGUUUGGUUACAUUGUCUUGACAACCUCUGCUGGCAUCAUGGAUCAUGAAGAAGCCAGAAGGAAGAACGUUGGUGGCAAGGUGUUAGGGUUUUUCUACUAAAUGGAAAGUUUUGUGGAAGGAUCUUGCAUCAGUGUGGUCGGAUUAUGCGCUUGUGUUAUCCCUUUGGAAUAUGAUAUUUAUGCGUUUUGAUGUGUAUUCCUGAAGUUCCAAACGAUACAGAUUGCACAAAUACAGAUUACCUUGGAUA